AUGGCAGCUGAAGGAGACCUGAAGUUGCUAGGCUUGUCGGUGAGCCCAUUUGUAGUUCGUGUUCGCAUGGCGCUCCACAUGAAGGGCUUGAGCUACGAGUAUAUCAAACAGGACCUCUUCAACAAGAGUGAGCUUCUCCUCAAGUCCAACCCGGUGGAGAAGAAGGUACCCGUACUCAUCCACAAUGGCAAGACCAUACUCGAUUCGUCCGCCAUCGUGCAGUACAUCGACGAAGUCUGGGCCGCCAUGGGGCCGUCGAUCCUCCCUGUCGACCCCUACGAGCGCGCCACCGCCCGCUUCUGGGCCGCCUACGUCGACGACAAGCUAUUCUCUGCUUAUGUCGGUGUUAAUAGAGCUACCACGGAGGUGGAGAGGGCGGAGAAGGUUAACGAGACGCUUGUGGUGGUCGAGCAACUUGAGGAGGCAUUUGCCAAGCACUCGAACGGAAAGGCCUUCUUUGCCGGGGACUCCAUCGGGUACCUCGACCUCGCGGUCGGAUGCCACUUGCUCUGGCUCAAGGCGCAACGCAAGAUGUUUGACGUGGUGUUCCUGGACGCCGGCAAGACUCCACUCUUAGCGGCUUGGGCGAAACGGUUCGCUAAGACCGACGCGGCGAAGGAGGUGGUACCCGACACAGACGCGGUGAUGGAGUACGCCAAGAAGCGCUAG